AGCCGAAUACGGUCACACUGAGGAAAGUGCAUCAUUUAAUUUCCAGCAUUUUCCGAUGAAAAUGGACGCCGACAGCAGUGGAACCGAGCAUCGAGAUUCCCGUGGCUCAAGGUCGCGAUCCUGGCGAGAAAGAGAACACCAUGGGCGAACAAGCGAGAGGGAUAGCAGAAAGAAGGAGCACAAGAUUCCGUACUUUGCGGACGAGGUUCGAGAACAGGAUCGGAUAAGAAGGCUGCCCCAAAGAGCGCACCAAUCCACCAGACGCACUCGCUCCAGAUCCAGAUCCCAGUCGUCCGACAGGGGGAGCGGGAACAGAAGGCAUCGUCAGCGCUCUAGGAGCCCCAAUCGUAGCCGAGAACACCAUGGGCGAACAAGCGAGAGGGAUAGCAGAAAGAAGGAACACAAGAUUCCGUACUUUGCGGACGAGGUUCGAGAACAGGAUCGGAUAAGAAGGCUGCGCCAAAGAGCGCACCAAUCCACCAGACGCACUCGCUCCAGAUCCAGAUCCCAGUCGUCCGACCAGGGGAGCAGGCACAGUAGGCAUCGUCAGCGCUCUAGGAGCCGCAAUCGUAGCCAAAGUCGCAGCAGUGAACGAAGACGCCGUCAAAGGAGCCCGCAUCGGUACAAUCCACCGCCAAAGAUCAUCAACUACUAUGUGCAAGUGCCACCACAGGAUUUCUACGGGAUGUCUGGCAUGCAGCAAAGUUUUGGAUACCAACGGCUACCACGUCCUCCGCCGUUUCCACCGGCUCCAUUCAGAUAUCGCCAGCGACAGCCGUUCAUGGGAGCUCCGCGAUUUGGCUACAGAAACGCGGGGCGCCCCCCAUAUUGAACAUACGCCAUUCGACAUAAUUACAAAUUUAUUUACAUUCGUGUGUUUUUUACAUUAAAAUAAU